AUGGAAAGCGCCACAAAGGAGCCUCACUUCGUGCUGGUUCCAUGGCAAGGAGGCAUCAGCCACAUCAUCCCCAUGACCGACAUCGGCCGCCUCCUGGCCUCCCACGGCGCGGCGGUCACCAUCAUCACGACGCCCGCCAACGCCGCACUCGUCCGGUCCCGCGUGGAAGACCUCGCAACAACAACACCACUACCACUACCUCCGGGCGCCAGCGCCGGCGCGGCGGGGACGGUCACGGUCACCGCGAUCCCGUUCCCAGCGGUGGAGGCCGGCCUGCCCGAGGGCUGCGAGAGGCUGGACCUCCUCCGCUGUGUCGUCGCCGGGAUGUGCCACUCGUGGGCGCUCGGCUUGGCGCGCGAGCUCGGCGUGCCGUGCUACAUCUUCCACGGGUUCGGCGCGUUCGCCCUGCUCUGCAUCGAGUACCUCUACAAGCACAGGCCACACGAGGCGGUUUCGUCAGCAGAUGAGCUCGUCAACAUCCCAGCCCUGCCGGCGUUCGAGUGCAGGGUAUCGCGUUUGCAGCUACCGCCGCAUUUCGCACCGUCGACGACCAUGGGUGGUGGGACGAUGCAAGAGAUACGGGAGUUCGACGUGGCCGUGGACGGCGUGGUCGUGAACAGCUUCGACGAGCUGGAGCACGGCUCCUGCGCGCUUCUCGCGGCGGCGACCGGCAAAACCGUCGUCGCCGUUGGCCCCGUCUCGCUGUGCCGGUCACCUCAUCUCGAUCCACAGGCCAUGACGACAGACGAUGCCAGGCGGGUUAUGGAGUGGCUGGACACCAAGGAGACGAGGUCUGUGGUGUACGUCAGCUUUGGCAGCGCCGGGUGCAUGCCACCGGCACAGCUGAUGCAGCUAGGCAUGGCUCUAGGGUCCUGCCAUUGGCCUGUCGUCUGGGUCGUCAAGGGCGCCGACUCCAUGCCCGACGAUGUCAAGAAGUGGUUUCGUGAGACCUUCGACAGCAAGAAGUGCUUGGUAGUGCGAGGCUGGGCUCCCCAGGUCGCCAUCCUGGCUCACCGCGCCGUCGGCGGCUUCCUCACGCACUGUGGGUGGGGCUCGACUCUGGAGGCCAUUGCCGCCGGCAUGCCCAUGGCGACUUGGCCGCUUUUCGCCGAGCAGUUUCUCAAUGAGAGGCUUAUCGUGGACGUGCUUGGUGUUGGGGUAUCUGUAGGCGUGACAAAGCCAACGGAAAAUGUCCUCAGUGCUGGUCAGCUCAACGGAAGCAGAGCGGAUGUCGAGGCGGAGGUGGGUAUGGAACAAGUGAUGAAGACUUUGGACAGGUUGAUGGAUGAGGGUGACGAAGGGGAGCAGAGGAGGAGGAAGGCUCAGGAGCUCAAGGCGAAGGCAAAUGGAGCAUUAGAGAAGGGUGGGUCGUCCUACAUGAAUUUGGAGAAGCUCAUCCAAUCUUCGGUUUCAUGA